AUGCAAUUCUUCAUCGGCACAGCGCAGGUGCAAGUGAAGAAUCUUUUCUUCGACUCGUCAAGCCGGGAGAAGAUCGAGCGAGCUUGUGAACAGCUGGCAGCGGUCUUCGAGGACGGGUGUAACCCAUUCGCGGAUGACAAUCGCAUUCCGGUGGCUCUCUUCCCCGAAGAGCUAGCGAUCGUGCUUAGAGAAUCGAUGGUAUCGAUGCAAGACCUGGUCAGCCCGCAGAACCCAAAUUUGAAGCUUUACCCAUCGAAUGGGAUCCGUUGCGUCCAUGGUAGACAGCGGUUCGAGACGGCUAUCCGUGUCAAGGGACCCGAGUAUUGGUGGGGCAUCCGGAUCUAUUGCAUACCACGAGGGAGCGAAAUCUGGCGAUUGCUAUAUAAUGAGGUUGAUCAGUACUAUUACCAGACGCAACCAACUGAUGGUGAGGUCUUUUUAAAAGUCCGCCAGUACAUGGAAGCGGGUGAGCCACAAUGGGCUGCACGAUCGAGGAAGAAGUUAAGCCCUUGCAAGCAGACAGCCCUCAAGGCGAUCGAGGCGAAGGGGGAACUUCUCGAGAAGCUGGAUCAACUUCGAAGAUUUCCCGGCUUAUGGGAUGACUUCAAUCUAGGGAAUAUAGAGAAGUAUCUUGCGCUUCACAUUAUGGACGAGAUCCUGCAUCACCUGCAGCACAUCUACGACUUCUGGGCACGGGUUACACUGUACGAGCCGCAGAUCCAAGAGGCAACGAGCAGAUGGACAGUGAAAACUUUGGAGCUGCGUGCGCCUGGCUGCAAGACCGAUCGCGAAGCCGUACGGCAAUUCAUGGGGGCGGGGCUGCUCUUCGAACGCGUCUCGCAGCCUGCGAAACGGCAGAAGAUCCAGCAAGAGAUAUUUUCGAUGCCGAGGCUGAUAAUUCCAAGUUUCCGGACUUUUCGAGAGAAUAUGAACUGGCUGACGGUGGGCGUCCAAAUUUUGAAGGAUGAGAUCAUCGACAAGGCCGGGAAAAGAACAGUGCAACAGGCCAUGCGGGACUGUUGGAAACCGCCCGAGCGGUGUCUGGUCGAGGUGGGGCGCGACGAUUACAUAGAGAUCCCUGUUCCGCCGGUGUUCGAGCUCGCUUAUCGCCAGGUCCUCGUCGCCGCUUUGAGAGGAUUCCCUAACCUAUCCAGUGUGUUCGCGCCUCGCCGGGAGAAGGGCCAGAAGAGGAGGACGGCGGGGAUAGAUGAUGCACACCUAGCCGCAUUCCUGCGGGGGGCACAGAAGCAAGGGUUCCAGUCGGCUAAAAUCCGGACGGGGCUCCUCCGCACUCGGGGAGCAAAUCCCAAGCAGGACUCAGUAGAGUCCCGGGGAGAGGAUCCCGGUCAUGUGGGUGCCCGGUUGGAGAGGCGCUGCGGCCGUCCAUUUGCCAACACCUAUGCUUUUCUUGAGUCUAGGCUCUUUAUCACCAACUUGCUCACGCUAGACGAGAGCCCGAUGGACUAUCCCUCAUCCCUUUUCGUGCAGCGCGACUUCUUGCGUUCCUUUUUUGCGUCCGAAUCACCAUGGAGUCCCACAGCCCCACACCAUCCGAGCCAGGCUGUACCCCAGCCCCUAGACGUAAGGGUCUCUACAUGGACUACCAACAGGUCAAUGGAGUCACGGUCUAUCUUCACCCCCAGAUCCCUGGCAGCAGCUCUCGGGCCACCCCCCCUUCCAGAUGCAGAAGCGCCCGAGCCGCUUCAUUGGGCCCACCCACCCCACAGCCCCCAUAUUUCUGCGCUUAGCACGAGCACAGAGACGUCCUUCUCGUCCAGGUCAAUCAUUCUGCCGGAGCUGAUGCGCACGACACCGCGGCCGGUACCAACUACAUCGAACCGUGCCGCGAGGAUAUGGCGGCAACGGCCUUCUAUCCAAAGCAGCAGUUCAACUACGAGCGAGGGCAAUUCCCGGAGCAUUUUUGGCCCCGACGACCUGAUGUAUGGCUGA